CCGCACGACAGGUGCCGUGUUCGGUCGCAACGUGGAGUUGUUUACUGUUACCCCAGAGUGCUGUCGGGCUUUAAAGACAGAUGAAGCACUUUUAACAGACCUCCUUUCGUAAAUAAUUGGACUAGGUGACUAACGAAGGAAAUGGGGAAGCCAAAGAAAAAGAGUGACCUGAGCCGAGCCGAGCUGAUGAUGAUGACCAUUGCCGAUGUCAUCAAGCAGCUGGUUGAAGCCCACGAGAAGGGAAAAGACAUCAAUCUUAACAAAGUUAAGACUCAGGCCUCAGCUAAAUAUGGACUUGAAGCUCAGCCCCGACUGGUGGAUAUCAUCGCAGCUGUUCCACCGCAGUACCGUCGAGCGCUGGUGCCCAAACUAAAGGCCAAACCUAUCCGCACUGCCAGCGGGAUUGCAGUCGUAGCUGUGAUGUGUAAACCUCAUCGAUGUCCUCACAUCAGCUUUACAGGCAACAUCUGUGUCUACUGUCCCGGGGGACCGGACUCUGACUUUGAGUACUCCACACAGUCUUACACUGGCUACGAGCCGACUUCCAUGAGAGCCAUCCGAGCUCGUUACGACCCCUACCUGCAGACCAGACAUCGAGUGGAGCAGCUGAAGCAGCUGGGCCACAGCGUCGACAAAGUGGAGUUCAUCGUGAUGGGCGGGACCUUCAUGGCUCUGCCUGAGGACUACAGAGACUACUUCAUCAGAAACCUUCACGACGCCCUGUCAGGACACACCUCUAACAACGUGGCUGAGGCUGUCAGGUACUCGGAGCGCAGUAAUACCAAAUGCGUGGGGAUCACUAUCGAGACGCGGCCCGACUACUGCCUGAAGCGGCACCUCAGCGACAUGCUGGGCUACGGAUGCACCCGGCUGGAGAUAGGAGUCCAGAGCGUCUAUGAAGACGUGGCCCGCGACACCAACAGAGGCCACACGGUGCGAGCUGUGUGCGAGUCUUUCCACCUGGCAAAGGAUGCCGGCUUCAAAGUGGUCGCCCACAUGAUGCCAGACCUGCCGAACGUGGGCAUGGAGAGGGAUGUGGAGCAGUUCAUUGAGUUUUUUGAAAAUCCAGCUUUCAGGCCAGAUGGACUGAAACUGUACCCCACCCUGGUCAUCCGAGGCACGGGUCUGUACGAGCUGUGGAAGACCGGCCGGUACAAGAGCUACACGCCCAGCGCUCUGGUGGAUCUCGUGGCUCGGAUUCUGGCGCUGGUGCCGCCCUGGACCCGAGUGUACCGAGUGCAAAGGGACAUCCCCAUGCCGCUGGUGAGCUCUGGUGUGGAGCACGGCAACCUGAGAGAGCUGGCACUGGCCAGGAUGAAGGACAUGGGCACUGAGUGUCGUGACGUCAGAACCCGGGAAGUAGGCAUCCAAGAGAUCCACCACAAAGUCCGACCUUACCAGGUGGAGCUGAUACGGAGAGACUAUGUGGCCAACAGCGGCUGGGAGACCUUUCUCUCCUAUGAAGACCCUGAGCAGGACAUCCUGAUCGGUCUGUUGCGGCUGCGCCGCUGCUCUCCACAGUCCUUCCGCCCGGAGCUCAAAGGAGGCGUGUCCAUUGUCCGUGAGCUGCACGUGUAUGGCAGCGUGGUCCCUGUGAGCAGCCGAGACCCGAGCAAGUUCCAGCAUCAGGGGUUUGGCAUGAUGCUGAUGGAGGAGGCUGAAAGAAUCGCCAGGGAUGAGCACGGCUCCUGCAAACUGGCUGUUAUAUCAGGUGUAGGAACAAGGAACUACUACAGGAAGAUGGGCUACGAGCUGGAGGGACCGUAUAUGGUGAAGGACCUGUACCGGCCGGGAGCGGACUGAAACGGACUUUAUUUAUCAAAACAGCACUCUGGGACGCGAAUAUUAAUGUGAUGGUGUUCUGCAGUAUCGGAGGCGGUGCUGGUCGGCUUGUUUUAUCUGGAGCACACAGAGGCCGCCGCUGCUCCAUUUCUUCUGUUUUUUAAAGAUAAGGAGACAUACGAGAGGAUGUAAGGAAUUAGGGAACGCUAUCUAGGGUGAAGCCAGCCUUGUGUUUUGAGUUCAAAUUAAGAUUCUUUAAACGUACAGUGUCCUCAUAUGGGCGCCUUUUAUUUAAAGUUGCGCAUUUCCGAGUCUCCCCCUUUUUCUGUAAACACGGGUCCCGGUCGCACCGCUCAGACUCUUUCACAACAAGCAGCACUGAUUCACUUUGACGUGGAACAAGAGCCAACCUGCCGAGGCAUUUUUAAUUCCACUCCAAUGAUCCGUGCGCGCAGCAGAGAAAAAUCGGCAUAUCUGGGUAUCCGUGAAAUAACCGUUUGCCUGGGAUGGAAUGAGACGCCUGCAUCACGGUUCCAGUUAAUCAUGUUUAUGUUGCAAUCACAUAGAAACCCAUUACGAGGGGAGCGUUCAUUAACGGACGGCGGCGGAUGAACAAACAGUGGAAAGCGUCCUCGCCGGGCAGCUGUUGUUUUGAUUUGUAGGGCAGGAAAUUGAAUAUUAGCGUUACAUAAAAGCGUCUCAGUUAAUCCUGUUUCUUGUGUUUUCUGUCAUGCCUUCCUGUCUUUUUCUGGAACAAUAAAGUAUAUUUCAGUAA